AUGUCAUCUUCUGAGGGUAAUUCUGACGCUUCUGCACCAGGAACACCAGUUAAAUCAUCAACUCCAUCUUCUCGUGGAUCGUCGCCAGAUUCACCAAAAAAACAAGAACCGUCUAAGAAAAGAGCGAUAUUAAAUGAGUCCGACGAUGAUGAUGAUUCUCGUCCUGCUCCUCGACAAUUGUCCGAUUCUUCUGACGAUAACAUUCAUCCGAGAGGAGGAGGUGAAAAGAGUUCCCCCGGUGCUGGUGGUGGUUUGUUCGGUGAUCUCUCUGGCUCUUCCGACGAUGAUUCCGACAGAGAAGGAAAGCCGAAAGAAUCAAAUACAAGAGCACGAUUGUCAGAUUCCGAUGCGGAGAGUCGUGGAAGUUUGAAUGAUUUGCAAGGAAUUGUGAUGGCUAAUCCAGAUGAAAUAGAUGAAGAUGAAAAAGCAAAGGAGCAUGUUCAUGAUACUGAAAUGGUAACAGGUCGUGUUACUUUGGAGUACGCUGCAGAUCCACCACAUUUUGUCAGAAUGCCAAACUUUCUAUCAGUCGCCACUCAUCCAUUUGAUCCACAACAUUACGAGGAAGACGAAGAUGAUGAGCAGGCGAAAUUGGAUGAUGAAGGACGAACACGUCUCAAAUUGAGAGUGGAAAAUACACUUCGCUGGCGAGUUCGCAAAGAUGAAAAUGGAAAAGAAAUUCGAGAGAGUAAUGCAAAAAUUGUAAAAUGGGACGAUGGAACAAUGUCUCUAUACCUCGGAAACGAAAUUUUCGAAGUCUCAUUGGUGCCGCUGAAUUCCAAUAAUCUUCCCCAUCUUUACGUUAAGCAGCCAACAUUAAUGUCGGCUCAAGCUGUUCUUACACAUCGUAUGACCUUCCGUCCUCACUCGACUGAUUCCCAAACUCACAGAAAAGUCACACUCAAUAUGGCAGAUCGAAGCAGGAAGAAUGCUCAAGUUAAAGUCAUGGACGAUGUUGGUCAGAAUCCGGAAAUUACACGGCGUGAGAAUGCCCGGAAGGAGGAAGAAUCACUUCGUGCACACAUCCGACGUACUCAGAUGGUUCGGAAUAACUUUAAAGUUCGUGGUCCGAGAUAUGCAGGACAAUAUUCUGAUGAUGAAGAUAUGCCAACGUCAUCCAGAAAAGGAAAGAAGAAGGAAGCACCAAUUAUUGGUGCCAGCUCAGAAAGUGAGGACGAUCAUGCGGAUACCACAAAGAAAAGCGGAUCGGAUAGCGAUUCUGAUGAAGAGUACCGAAAGAGAAAACAACAACAAAAGAAACAGAUUGUCACCAGUGACGAAGAAUCUGACUAAAUUUAUUUCAAUUUUGAUCCUCACAAUUUUAUAUUUCGCGAAUUCAAUAUUUCUCCCUUUACAAUAUUUCGAAAAUGUUUUCCUUUCCUUAUUUAUUUUAGUCUUCGAUAUUUCGAGAUAAUGAAACAUCCACAAUAUUAUGAAA